AUGGCGAUGGAGGUCACCCAAGUCCUGCUGAACGCGCAGUCGGUAGAUAGCACAGCCCGUAAACACGCCGAAGAGAAUUUGAAGCAGUUUCAGGAGCAGAACCUCCCGGGAUUCGCUCUAGCGCUCUCUGGCGAGCUAGCGAACAACGACAAGCCGGUCGACAGCCGCAAAUUGGCAGGAUUGAUCCUGAAGAACGCGUUAGAUGCAAAGGAGCAUCACAGGAGAUUGGAGCUCACUCAGAGAUGGCUAUCACUAGAUGGGGCCGUGAAGGCCCAGGUCAAAGGCUACCUGUUGCAGACCCUCUUCUCCCCCGUCGCUGAUGCAAGAUCUACAGCUUCCCAGGUGAUCGCCAAGAUUGCCAGCAUUGAGCUGCCGCACAACCAGUGGCCUGAGCUCAUCAGCUCCCUCCUGACGAACAUCCACCAGUUUCAGCCCCACGUGAAGCAGGCCACUCUGGACACACUGGGCUUUCUGUGCGAAGAAGUGGCUGCUGACGUCGUUGACCAGGAUCAGGUCAAUAAGAUACUUACGGCUGUGGUUCAGGGGAUGACAGCAGGAGAGGGGGCUGCUGAGGUCAGGUUGGCGGCGACUCGGGCCCUCCACAACGCUCUGGGGUUCGCCCAGGUGAACUUUUCCAACGAUCUGGAGCGGGAUUACAUCAUGAGGGUCGUCUGUGAGGCCACCCUCUCCCCCGACGUGAAGAUCCGGCAGGCGGCGUUCGAGUGCUUGGUCUCCAUCUCCUCCAUGUACUACGAGAAGCUGGCGUCCUACAUGCAGGACAUAUUCAGCAUCACUGCCAAGGCAGUCCGGGAAGACGAGGAGCCCGUUGCCCUCCAGGCCAUUGAGCUGUGGAGCUCGAUAUGUGACGAGGAGAUUGACAUCCUCGACGACUAUGGCAGCGAUCUUACUGCGGAUUCCGAGGUCACCUGCCUUUAUUUUAUCAAGCAGGCGCUGCCAGCACUCGUUCCGAUGCUCCUGGAGACGCUGCUCAAGCAGGAGGAAGACCAGGAUCAGGAUGAAGGGGCGUGGAAUCUGUCAAUGGCUGGCGGCACCUGCCUGGGCCUGGUGGCUCGGACUGUGGGGGACGACAUCGUCCCUCUGGUGAUGCCUUUCAUCCAGGAGAACAUCGACAAGCCCGAUUGGAGGCGGAGGGAGGCGGCGACAUAUGCCUUUGGCUCUAUCUUGGAGGGUCCAUCCCCGGACAAGCUUACAGACAUCGUCAAGCACGCACUGCACUUCAUGCUGGCGGCCCUGAUGAAGGACCAGAACAACCACGUCAAGGACACCACAGCGUGGACCCUCGGGAGGAUCUUCGAGUUCCUCCACGGGUCGGCAAUGGAGGCCCCUGUGAUUACCCGGGAGAACUGCCAGCAGAUCCUCACGGUCCUGCUCCACAGCAUGAAGGAUGCACCUAAUGUGGCCGAGAAGGCCUGCGGUGCCUUAUAUUUCCUCGCCCAAGGUUAUGAGGAUGCUGGUGCCGGCUCUCCUCUGUCCCCGUUCUUCCUCGACAUUGUGCAGGCUCUCCUGGCGGUGACCCAUAGAGAGGACGCGGGGGAGUCCCGCCUCCGCACAGCCGCAUACGAGACCCUCAACGAGGUUGUCAGGUGCUCCACUGACGAGACGGCCCUGACUGUCCUGCAGCUGGUCCCCUUAAUCAUGGCUGAGCUCCACAAGACCCUCGAGGCACCGGAGAAGCAGGGCGAGUUGCAGGGCCUCCUCUGCGGCUGCCUGCAGGUCAUCAUUCAGAAGAUCGGCUCGGCGGAGCCCUCAAAGCACGCCUUCCUGCAGUACGCUGACCAGAUGAUGGAUCUUUUCCUCCGAGUCUUCGUCUCCAGGAAUGCCACCGUCCACGAGGAGGCCAUGCUCGCCAUUGGGGCCCUUGCUUAUGCAAAUGGGGCGGGCUUCAUCAAGUACUUGCCGGGGUUCUACCCCUACCUGGAGAAGGGCCUCCAGAACUUUGAGGAGUACCAAGUCUGCUCCAUCACUGUCGGUGUGGUCGGCGACCUGUGCCGGGCGCUGGAGGACCAGAUCCUUCCUUUCUGCGACGGGAUCAUGACCCAGAUCCUCAAAGACCUCUCAAGCAGCCAGCUCCACCGCUCAGUUAAGCCCCCGAUGUUCUCCUGCUUUGGGGACAUCGCCCUGGCCAUUGGCGAGAGCUUUGAGAAGUACCUCAUCUACGCCAUGCCCAUGCUCCAGAGCGCGGCGGAUCUGACAGUGCACGUUCCCACCGGCGACGAGGAGAUGCUCGAGUUCACAAACCAGCUCAGGAACGGGAUCCUUGAGGCCUACUCGGGGAUCCUUCAAGGGUUCAAGAGCUCCGCCAAGGCCCAGCUUCUGAUCCCUUACGCGCCCCACAUCCUCCAGUACCUGGACAGCCUCUACAUGGAGAAGGACAUGUGAGUUCUCUUCUGCAUAAGCUUCUUCUACAGCCCCCCUCACUUCCUCUCUCACCGACUGAACGACGACCCCAAUCUUCUCUCUGGUUUGACCAGGGACGAGGUCGUCACAAAGACUGCCAUCGGCUUGCUGGGGGACCUUGCCGACACGCUGGGCCGCAGCGUGGCAGCUCUGAUCGGCCAGUCGGUCGCGGGCAAGGACUUCCUCAACGAGUGCCUGUCGUCCGGUGACCACCUGAUCCAAGAGUCUGCCGAUUGGGCCAAGCUUGCCGUCGGCCGGGCGAUCUCCGGUUGA